AUGUCAGAACCUUCACAACUUAUGACAGAAAAUACACGUUCUGAUCUUUAUGUUGCACUCCUUGUUCUCAGUCAAGGAAAGAAAUGGGUCUUACUAUAUAGUACAUGGAGGCAUGGCAUAUCUCUUUCAACCUUAUAUAGAAGAAGCAAUCUUUGCCCUGGGUUAAGUCUACUGGUUGUUGGAGAUCGUAAAGGUGGAGUGUUUGGUGGUUUAGUUGAGGCACCUUUGAAACCAUCAACAAAGAAAAGAUACCAGGGAUCGAAUGAUACAUUUGUGUUUACAAAUACACCAGGGCGUCCUGUUAUAUAUCGCCCCACAGGGGUGAACCGGUAUUUUACUCUUUGUUCAAUUGAGUAUUUAGCGCUUGGUGGGGGAAAUCAUUUUGCAUUGUAUCUCGAUAGUGACUUAUUGAAUGGGUCAAGUUUGUCCUCAGAAACUUAUGGUAACUCUUGUUUGUCACACACCCAAGAAUUUGAAGUGAAGGAAAUUGAGGUGCUUUCUCUCACUUAUUUUUGCAAAAAUUACAUUUUUGGUCCUCGAGUAUGGCUGAUUUUGUUCAAUUUGGGUCCUACAAAAUUCUCUUGCAAAUUUGAUCGUUAUUUGAGGUUUUUGUAA